AUGGCUUGGUUGGCGAUUGUAUGCCUGCUAGCAGCUACGACGGCGCUGUGCGUGCGCAUGGCAGCGCUGGCGCCGGGGGUCUACGGCCCCGCGGUAUGCGGCGGGCGCAGCGGCGGCGGGCGCGGCCCGCCGCGUCACGUGAUGAUCUUCUUGGGGUCGGGCGGGCACACGGGGGAGAUGCUGCGGCUGCUAGAGGUAUACGGCGCGGCGCUGGUGGCGGGGGCGACGGUGCGGGUGGGGUACACGGACGAGGCGAGCGCGGAGCGCGGGCGGCAGAGCGCGGCACUGCGGGCGGCACGCGGCGUGGAGUACGUGCCGCUGCUGAAGGCGCGGGAGGUGGGCGCCGGCGCGGGCGCGGCCGUGCGCAGCACGGUGCGCGCGGCGGCGCAGGCGUUUAGCGCGGUGCGGCGCGCACGGCGCGCACUGCACACGGGACCGCACGUGGUGGUGCUGAACGGCCCGGGCACGAGCGUGGUGGUGCUGUUCUGGCUGCGCGUGCUGGACCUGCUGUCGCUGCGGCGUACGCGGGUGGUGUACGUGGAAUCGCUGGCGCGCACGGAGUCGCUGAGUCUGUCCGGGCGGCUGGCGUACCCGUUUGCGGACGAAUUUGUAGUUCAGUGGCCGGACCUGGCGCAGCGGUACCGCCGCGCACGCUGGUUCGGGGCUCUAGUGUAG